AUGAAUCUGUUGUCAUGGUAUGAAGCAUUGGCACUAGUGCUUCUGUGGAAACUCGAUCUAUUCACUUGCAUCGAGAUUAGUAGUUCCAGAGUACCUGCCGCUGAGCAAACCCAUCAAUUUCUCUCUGCUCAGAACAAGAACAACAGUAAUAACAGGUACUACGGCGGCAGAUACGGACACCGUCACCACAGAAGAUCUAGGUAUCACGUAGCCAACAGAGGAAAAAUCCCUCCUGAACCUCCUCCGCGAAUUCACCCUCGCCUACGACCUCGAAAUUAUAGUAGUUACGAAUUCGGAGGAUACGGGCCGACACACUUCAGGUCCGACCAUUCAUCAAGUUACUCAACAUACGAAAACGAUUCAUACGACGGGAAUUUUAUAUCACUGGACAUCUCUAGAAACUUUAGCAAUGAAGGAUACACGAUAUCAUACGAAAAUGACUUGAUUGUUUUUAGGUCCCGACCCCCGUACUUGUUCUCUGAUGUGAGGCACGGCCACAACAGGCUGUGGCAGUACAAGGGUGAUGGAUACCCGAAUAUGGUGACUUACAGAGAAAUAAACGGGAGACCUAAAGUAGAUGUGCACUUCCCCGGCCCACCUCGUCGAACCGCAGGAAAGUACCGCCCACCCGGCUUUCUGUACACCAACCGAGACUUCGUGCCCAGCCAACAAACCUCAUCGUUCCGAGUUAACGUCCCACACAUUAGGCCUACACAACCACUUAUCGGCCAGGACGUGCUGGAGUUUGAGCUUUUAACAGUUGGGGACAAGGUCGUGUUGAGACCGAAGCUAUAUCCAUCAACUGGGGUGAGCAGUUCAGUUUUAAUCACAGUAAACAUUGACAGGUUCGAAAGCACAGAUCAACUCAUGUAUACCUACGACCCUAGAACAGGAAUACACAGUCUCAAGGCUAGGGAGCCUUUUUUAAUUAAUGAAAUACUGCAGAAGGGUCAAAUCAUUUGGCGCGCUAAAGACAAUAAAUAUGGUGACAGGGUUAUUUUGAGGUAUGAUGAGGACGGCAACCCAAGGUCCAGAGUUCUAUUCCCAGACUGGGCAGUGCUUGGAAUGCCUCCACCGUCUCUGCAACCAUUUCAAGUUCCACAAGAUACUUCCUUGAAAACCGACCCACAGUCGCAUGAAUAUUCUCCACAGACUGCACAUUAUGAUUAUGAACACCUAUUUAAAACGACCGUUCCAAAAAAUGAGACUGCUCGAGACGAACAGAAAGAUCAUUCAGAAGAACAUCCUCCACACUCUACUGACCUUCCUCCAACUAUUGAUACCAGUUUCCAGGUCCAUUCAACCCCUCCCCUUAAAUCCGCUGACAAGAAACCUUAUGAACUCGACUUAAAUAACAGAAUCCAGACAGAUCAGUUUGAAUACAACUUUGAUUCACAGAGCAAGACCAUGACAUACAUCGGUAAAUCCCUGUACAGGUUUUCUGCUGUCAAGUACGGUGCGAAUGUUUUAUGGAGAACUGACAUACCUGCAGAGUACGCAAACAAGGUCAUCGUGAACGGUUAUGAACACCGUGGAAUGUUUAUGCUUUCCAUAUUUUUGGACGCUUGUGUUAAAAGAUUUUACAAGGAUGAAAGUGCCCCUUGGACUGAGUUCGAUACAACCAAGCCAAACGCUCUUGCCCUGAAUGUUUAUUCCAAUUUUGAAACGUUUUUCUACACUGUCAGGACAGCAGGAGUCUAUAAAACAUAUACUGUCAAGGAAGGUUUUAAGUUUUAUAAGGUCAGGUUAGGUGAUCAUGAUCUUUGGGAAACAACCGACACUGAAGCAUUAUCAAGUAAGGUUGUCACUGAGGGCGAUAACAGGGUAACUAUACAUUUGGAUAACGAGAAAAUUGUCACUUUUGCUCGUGUACGUCAUGGCUGCCACGGCUGUAAAGGCUUUUUCUGCGGUUUGAUGACCUGCGGACUUUACAACUGUUGUUGCAAGUCAUGGAGAGAAGUUAAGUAA